AUGGAAGAUAAAUCAAUUUUAAAACAAUAUAUUCCAAUAUUGACUGGUAUUCCGUAUGAUGAAAAUAUUGCCUUAGACUCUAUUAUUUAUUCACUAAGGGAUGACAUUGCUUCAUUAUUUACAUUAAAAUCUAUUUCUGUUACAUUUUUUUCUACUUUAAAACAUUUAUUAACUCUUAAUAAUAUGAUGAAAUUUGAUUAUUUAGCAAUAAGAAAUUUAAUCAUUACUUUAAGGCAAAUCAAACCAUUAGAUACUGAAGGACUUGCGGCUAAUCCAUUAUUUGUAUCUGGUGUUGAUAUACUUACUUCAAUUAUUAAAUAUCAUACUUCUCAACAAGUUAUUCAAGAUUUAAUUAAUUUUUACAAUGAAAUUCCACCAAUUCAUUCUUCUUCAUUAUUAGAUUGUCUUAUUACAAAAAAUAAUAAUUCUUCAGAAGUAUAUUAUUCAUUGAAUGGGGUUGCUUCUUUUAUUUCUACUGUAAUCAAAAUUGAUUCAAUCCCACAAGAAUGUUAUACUAUUUAUACUCAAAUUAGAUUUCAUGACAUUCAUCCUUUAGCCACUCCUUGUAUUUUUUCUUUUAAUGCUAAUAAUUAUUAUUUUUCUCUUUCUAUAGAUGGAACAACACAUUUUUUAGAAUUAGAAAUUAAUGUUGUAGCUUCUUCUGAUGUAUCAUCUGUUACACCAUCAAUCACACAUAUCAGAAAUACAUAUAAAACAGAAUUAAAAGUACUUCCAGAUAAAUGGAAUGAAAUUUCGUUAGUUCAUUCACAUGACUCUAAUUCUAUGAAAAUUAUUCUCAACGGUGAGUCAUCAAGUGGUUUUGGUGUUCCUUAUUUUUCUUCUAAACAAAAACAAGCAAUUAUUUCUAUUGGAGGUUUGGACUCUAAGACAUACUCUUAUUUUAAUGGAGAUAUUAGUUCAUUAGCAUGGUAUUUCAAUCAACUCACUCCUAGUGGUGUACCUAGUUUAUUAUUAUCACCAAAGCAUUAUGCAUCAAUACCUAGUCAUUCUUUUAUUAAACCAUUAAAGUCAAUGAAGAAUAGAGUUGUUUCUAAAGAAAUUAAAAUAAUAGAGUAUACAAUUUGUACCCCAACUAAUAUUCUUGUUGUUGUAACACGGUCUUUAAGUGAUGUGUUUUCAACAUAUGGAGGGGUAUCAGUUUUUUUACCACUUCUCAGGAGUGGUUCUAAUACUAAAGUUACCACAAAUAUUGGUAAAAUUCUUCAAUUAUUUUUACAUUGUAAAGUAAUUGAUAAACGAGUUGCAAUCACUUUAAUUGUUGAAACAACAAAAAUUGCUCAAAACUAUUUGGUUUCAACGUCUAUCAUAGAUGACUUUAUUAGUUUGUGUUUAUCUUUGAUAUCAAGAGGACAUUCUGCUAUAACAUUAAUUCCGUUAUUAUUAGAUAUCAGGUUAUGGAGAGGAAUUGAAUAUCUAUUUGAAUAUUAUAUAAAACAAAUCAUUUUAAGAUGUUCUUCUAUUGAUAAAGGCUUAGUAAAAGGAGCAUUAACACCUGAAAUUAUAUUAUCUAUUUUAACUGAUAAAAUAUGUUCUUCUAAUGAGAAUUGGAAAUGGAAAUAUCUAACUCAUCUUUCAAGUUAUUUAACUCCAACAGCUCUUGGAACAGUUUUCUGUAUACUUCAAAACCCUCAUUUAUCCGUUAGUGCAAUAGAAAAUAGUGUAGGAAUAAUAUUUUAUUUGUUAAAGAGAUAUGGCAAUUUAUCUUCCACUUUAAAUGAAUAUAUUGAUGUUUUUAUAACAUUGGCACAAACUUCUAAGACAACCUCUUUAUUGGUUUGUAAAAUGUUUUCUUUACUUCAGCCUACAUCAGACCAACUAAAUCAAAUUUGCAAUGUCUUAAAAAAAUAUACAUUUGAUUAUGAAGUCUAUUCUUCAUUAAUGCAAUGUGUCUCAACAUUAGUAACUGUUCCAUUUAACUCAUUUAGUUCAGCCCAAAUAGAGACUAUUCAAAAUCCAUAUUUCUUGUAUAUUUUGUUUACUUUAUUAACCACAACUUAUUGUAUAGAAAAUAAAAUCAUUGAUGACCUUAUUUUAUUUUCAUCAGAAAUCCUUCAUUCUAUACCAUCAAAUUUGAUUAUUGAAUUACUUAAACUAAUUAAGAGCCAAUUUAGUGGAUUUACUUCUAUAGAUACUAACAACAUAAAGUAUAAUAGUACUUGUAAAUUGAUGAAAUUUUUAACUAAUGUCAUUAUUGCUCGAGGUUAUGAUACUCUUCACAUUGUCAUUUCUUUCUUUAUUUCACAAGUAACAAAUUUGAAUGAUCUUUAUAUAAUAUCUUAUUCAUUCUUAAAUAGUAUUAUUAAUAAAAUUAAUGACAUCUCAGCUGUUUGUUAUAUAGAAUUAAUUGCAUUUAUGUCAUUUGUUAACUACCAAAAAGAAAUUCCUAUUGUGUUAAUUAAUGAAUAUGUUAAGGCAAUUCCUUAUAAUUACUUUGUUACAAUGAAUACACUUCGUUCCAAAAAGGAAUAUGAAUCACUUUUUUAUCUUCAAAGUUAUAUUUUCAUACAAUGUCUUGAUGAAUUUACAUUAUCUAUGAUUCUUCAGUUGUACCCUCCCUAUAUCCCUCUAAGUUUUUGUGAGUUGAUUAUUCAAGCAACCAAACUCAAUCCUAAACUACUUCAAAUUUCAUUAAACAACUUUUCAUCUGUAACAACUUCUGUUGAAUAUCAAAGGUUAAUAGAACAAUCGAAAAAUCCAUCUAAUUCUGUUACUAAUUCAUCAUUAAAACAAUUCAUUAAUUCUAUUAUUCUAAAAUAUAAAGAAAAUCAUAAAUUAAUUGUAACUGAACCAGUGUCAAUACCUCUUGUUAAUUGUUCAGUUUCUUUAUUACCAAUUGAAGGACAUUACACUGACAUAAUUACAAUUGAUAAAAUCAAACAAAAUGAAAUUGCUAAAUGUUAUAGAAAAACAAUGAGAUUAGCUGCCUUAUGUAAUCCAUUCUUUCAACUUUCAUCAACAGUAUUUAUUGGAUUUAUUACUAAGUUUUUAUAUCCAACAAACCCAAUAUUCUUAACUAAAAGAGUUACAGAACCUCCAACAAAAUUACUUUCAUAUGAAAACCUUUAUAUCCCUGAUAAAUCACAAUUUAGUAAUAUUCCGUAUCAAGGAGUUGAUGCUAUUGAUUGUGUUAUUAUUAAAACAUCAAAUAGUAUUUGUUGUAAAAUGACGUUCAACAAUGAGCUAAAAGAAAUUAAGCUAUGGCAGUUAAAUACAUACCAUGUCAUUCAAGUAGAUGAUAUAAGAGAAAUAUUUCCACGAGUACAUAAUGAGGUGUUAUGUGCUAUAGAAUUAAUUCAAAGAAGAGGAUGCCCGUAUUUUAUAUCAUUUGAAAAUGAAAAAACAUACAGUAUUGCUAUGCAAAAACUUAAUUUAUUCCUUGAAAAGUUCAAGUCAAACGUUACUAUAAUUACUCCAAAUAAAGUUAAUGGGUUUUAUCUCAAACUAUGGGUUGAUGGAUUAUUAUCUACAUAUGAAUACAUAUCUGUAUUAAAUUGUUAUUCAACAAGAAGUUUAGAAUCUGUGGAUAUGUAUUACGUCUUUCCAUCAGUUGAAGACAGUAAAAUAACAUCAAAUGUAAAUGAAAGUUUUAUAGAACACUCAGCAAAUACUUGUUGUUUAUUGUAUACUCAUAUGCCAUUUACUAGGAUAUUACCAUUGUUUCAAUUAAGAGUUGAACAACCACCAACAACAGUAAGGGAUAUUAGACUAAUUACAUGUAAUUGUGUCCCACAAGUUUACGCAUCACAAAAAAUAUAUUCAGGAAUGGGAGGGUCUGAAGAUGGUAUUUGUUAUGGUAAUAAACCAACUCUUACAAAAAGUUCUAAUUUGAGAAGUAUUCAGUUAGCCCAAAGCCCAAAGUUUGGUUCAAGUGCAUUAGAAGUUGUUUAUAAAAAAAGAAAAGAACUAGAGUCACCUGAUAUACAAAAAAAACUUGGAGAAUGGUUAAAUAUAAACUUUGGUAAGAAGAGUCUUACUCCAAUAAAUAAUAUUAUUCUUAAAAGAAAAAAGUGUAUUGAUUUCUCUUAUAACAAGAAAAGUAAAGAAACAAAAAUUAGUGUUACCAAAGAAAAUCAAUACUUAACAUCUUCUGUUAUUGCGAUGAAUAUUCAAAGAAAUCUUAUUAUACAAACAGAGACUAAUGAUAUUAUAACAGGAGAAGGAAAAGAUGUUAGAACAAAAGUUGUUAAUAAUAAAAGUGAAUGUAAAAGAAUAAUUUGUUGUGAUAGAUUUAAAAAUCGGGUGAUUGCUUCAUAUCAACUUAAUGCCGAUGUUAUUACAUUAACUUGGAAAGAUCAUAUUAAUACUAUUAAAAUAGAAAGUAUAAUUUCUAGUUGUUAUUUAAUGGAAACAGAAUAUAUUACAGAUUUAGAAAUGUUUAUUAUAACUAAAGCAGGAAGUAUUAUAAUAUACCGAAUCUUUUUAGAUGAUAGGAAUAACGAAUUAAAAGUAAAUUUGGCAUUUACUAUUUGUGUGGGUGAAAAAAUUAAACACUUCUCUGCUUGUACUUCAUUUGGUUAUAUGGUUUGUAGUUGCUCAUCAACAAUAGCGUCAUAUUCUCUUCAUGAUGGAGCACCUAUAUAUAUUGUACCAACUUCAAGCAAACUCUUCUGUUGUUCAGCACAAGGUCAAGUUUAUGGAAUAUCAGGAAAUGUAAUAACAUGCCAUGACAGGUAUGGUGAAAUGUAUAACAUCUUUGAAUUGAAUCAUCUAAAAACAAACAAACCAUUAAAAAUUGGUUGUUUAACUUGUGGGUAUGAAGACAUUAUUUUCAUUGCUACAAAUUAUGAAGUUAUUGCAUUAAUUAAUAGAAUUACAUCAUUUGAUGUACUAGAAACAAUUCAAGUAAACCAGUAUUAUGCAAAUUAUUCUAUUGUUGAUCUUCUUGUUCAACCAACUAUUGGAACUGCUUUUAAUCCAUCAACAUGGAACGUUUAUCUUCAACUAGUAAAUAAUGAAAAUAUGAUAUCUACUUAUUGUACACUUCACGUAGAUUGUUUUAAGAUAGUAACAUUGAAAUGA